AGCUAAAUUACAACAUUUAAAACGCUGGUUUGUCUUAAUACCAAGACCAGGAAAGAACGCACUUAGAAGCUAGCGGACACAUGCAAACUGUGUUUGCUUUGAUUAAACUGUGAGUUCAAUUACAGACAUUUAAUGUGAAAAAAGCUUAGUAUUAUUAGCGUCAGUGUCCGUCAGUAUUUGUCAGGCUUUACCAGAAUUGUAUCUUGAUUUAACAAAACAAAAACAAACAAACUAUAAAGAUGUAAAUAACCUCCUCUGCAUGUUGUUAUUUAAAAUGUAUCUACAGCAGAACUGAGAUGAAUCAAAUAGAAGCCACUAAAGCUCAUUUGAUAGCAGGCAUCUUUAUUAUUACAAGUACCGUGUGAAUGACAGUACAAAUUAUUUUCCUGUUUUUUACUACUAACCAUGCAAACCACUCGCUAUACAGUAUUUAUGAUAAGAUCAUAAACAGUCAAAACCCGUGUGGUUUUCCAUGUGGUACAAUGUUUGAGGAACCAGGCACAGGCUAUGCGGAAACAAAGCCGCAAUCACCGGGGUCAACACGACCGUAGUGCGCCUCCCACAGGCCGGACCUCACACUGACCUAUGCUCCGCUGUAGCUGCAGUGAUAGCCGUAAUAUGCACAUAACAAUCAUGGCGGACAGCGAAACCCUGGAGUGCAUAACGGAGCACGAGCGGAUUUUACAGGAAAUUGAAAGCACCGACACAGCUUGUGUCGGUCCGACUCUUCGGUCUAUUUAUGAUGACCAACCCAAUGCCCACAAGCGCUUCAUGGAAAAGCUUGAUGCCAGGAUCAGGAAUCAUGACCGUGAGAUUGAAAAGAUGUGCAAUUUUCACCACCAAGGGUUUGUGGAUGCCAUCACAGAGCUCCUCAAAGUCCGUGCUGAUGCAGAAAAACUGAUGGUAAGAGAGAUUACGUUAAACAUAACUAGCGACACAUAGAGGUGAUAGUAAGAGAGCUCGCUUUUAUUAUACAUUGGCUUUUUAAUUUAACAGUGGGUGUGUGAACUCCUGCAUUGUGAAGAAGAGAAAAUUACAGCAGGUUUUUUGGGAUUAUUGGUAAUAGGGCUGAACGAUUAUGGAAAA